AUUUAUUCUCAGUAUCAUUAUCGUCUUCCUAAAUGUAUAUUUUUGAGGCUGAAGUAUGGACUGUUUCUUUGGUUUUAGAUCCCUAAGAUGCUUGGUGUACUUGUAAUUCAACUAUGGCUUUUUCUAAAUGACAACUGCUAUGCCGUCAAUGUAUCUUCGUUGUUCGGAUUGGACUCGAAUGCACCAAAAUCACUUUGUAUCGACUUGGUCUUCAUGGUGGAUACAUCAUGCAGUGUUGCUGGUGCUGAUUUCCCGAGGAUUCAGAAAUUUAUAACCGAUAUGGUAGAUGGGUUUGAAGAACUAAGUCCAUUAGCAACAAGGGUUGGACUUGGAAUGUUUGACAUGGGGGCUCGUGUCAUCGUUCCUAUUGAUCAGUUCAGUGAUAAAGAGCAGCUCAAGGACGCCAUCACUUCUGCCAGAUGGAAAGACGAGGGUUGCCGCACGAAUACAGAUGUAGCUCUUCAAUUGGUCAGAGAUGAUCCUGGCUUACUUGGUGGGCGGAAAGAAGAGGGGAAAACCCGGAUCAUGGUUAUGAUUACAGAUGGUAUACCGUUCUAUAAAGGAAACGAGAAAUCAGAACAGCAAGCUAUAGACGACACUAUUGCCCAAGCCACACUGAAUAAGAAAGAUGGGAUAAUCGGCAUAGUCGUGAUGGUGCGAAACAAAGACGGAGAAAUUAUUCCAGAAGACAAACACUACAUAUUUGAUGCAAUCGCUACUGAUAAACUGAAGUUUGCUAUUGAUGACCUUGUUGAGGGAGUUAAAGUCGUCUUCAAAGCAUUGGCUCACUUUAGAUGCCCAUAUAUAUGCUCCAAGAAAUUGGACAUUGUGUUUGCGUUGGACAGAAGCAAUAGCAUCACUCGUGAGAACAUUAACAAGACGAAAACAUUCUUCAAAACACUUACCAAGUCAUUCACCCUUGGGAUGAAUCACACAUGCAUUGCAAUGAUUAGUUACAAUAAACGCGUAUAUAACCACUUCAAUCUGGCUGAUUCACACAAGUACGAUAUCGUUAAGUUGAUAAACAAGGUUCCUGAUGAUAAUGGCAUGUACACCAAUACUCAUAAAGCUUUGAAAAAAGCUAGACAGGAAAUAUUUCGUCAUUCAACCCGUGGCGAUACAACUACUAAAGUUACGGUAGUGGCUACUGAUGGUGUAACUUGGAUAGCUGGUAACAUUGCAGAAUCUCCGCCAAACCGAAGAAAUCCAACGAUUGCGGAAGGAUAUUACUACUCGUUAUUCAGAUACAAUCUAGUAUUAAUUGGAGUACCAAAUUUUAACCAUAAAUAUGGUUAUGAAGAAUGGAUCCGAACUGCAACUGAUCCUGAUUUUGAUCCCAAUAACCCAGAAUCUUCUCCUGAUGACAAUAUUUUCAAUCUCCAAGAUGGAAGUUCAUUUGAUGAUCUCACAUCCGUGGCUCCAUAUAUUGCAGAACAGAUUUGUUCAUUAGCCCCUUAG